AUGAAAGCCAUAAAUGGCAAAUCGCCCAUCACUCGCAACUUGACGCCCGUGUUCACCCGGCAUCGGGAUCGACGGGCUGCAAGGAAGCUUGGUGGCGGGCUGCAUGGCGACGUGGAUCGUCUGCUCGACGUGGAGGGGGGUCGAAAAGAGGUCUCGCUGGAGAUGGCCCCUCUGCCGCCCCAAUGGGUCGAGGCAGCCGAACAGGCGAGAGAGGACAUCAAGACAAUUAAAGACAAGAUGGUGCAGCUUGAGAAAGCGCAGUCAAAGCGCCUCAUUCGAGUAUUCUCAGACGACAAAACUCCCGACAGAGAGGUCGAACGAAUAUCCAACGAAGUGUCAAAUCUUGUGAAGAGAUGCGAGAAUUCAAUCCACCAGGUCAAGACCCGUGGAACUGCUCUUGCCUCCGAGAAGGAUAGAGAGUUGAGGCAGAACAUGCAGCGGAAUCUCGCUACUCAGCUUCAACAGCUCUCGCAGCACUUUCGGCAGUCCCAGAAGGAUUACCUGAAUGACAUCAGAAAUCGCCAGAAGGGAGGCCUGAUAGACGAUGUUGCGAAAGGAAGCAUGCCCGACGCCGACAUAGGUUUCACCGAUGGCCAGCUCCAGGACUUGCAAGAGAUGGAGCAAAGUGCGACCGUGAGGAAUGAAGAAAUCAACAAAAUCGCGGCCUCCAUCACGGAUCUACAUACAAUUUUCAAGGAGCUUGCGGUGCUGGUCAUCGACCAGGGAUCCAUCCUUGACCGCAUUGACUACAACAUUGAGCAGGUUGUCCACCAGAGCGCAGAAGCAAACAAGCAGCUUCGAAAGGCAGAAGAAAGCCAAAAAAGCAAUCGGGCCAUGAACUGCAUCUACUUCCUGGUCAUUGUCAAUCUUGUCUUGAUUAUUUUGCUGAUUCUGAAGGCCAGACACUAG